AUGAUUAUAUAUUGGACAAUCUUUUUGUAUUAUGCCAAUUUAGGUUGUGCACUUAACAAGGAUGUAAUCCAACCAGACCCGUUGAUAGUUACACAACUGGGACAAAGUGUUUCACUCAAUUGCUUUUGUCGAUCUCAAUUGAUCAGAGUCUCUUGGUUCAAGCAAACUGUUGGACAGAAACCUCUUCUCAUGGCAUCAUCAUAUUAUGGCAGUGAAAACAGUUUCUAUUUCAAUAACUUUACCGAGGACUUUACUGAGACUAAACGUUUGAGUGUGAAGAGAGGAGUUGACAGCUGUAACCUGACCAUCUCCAAGACAGAGUCGGGGGACUCAGCUACAUACUACUGUGUUAGUUUGUUAGCGAGGGAAGCCAAAUUUGGAGAAGGAACUGUUUUAAUUGUCAAAGAUUCAGGGUCCAACAGCAUGUCUGUGCUCCAGCAGCCUUUGUCUGAGUCAGUUCAGCCAGGAGACUCUGUGUCUCUGAACUGUACAAUACACACUGAGACCUGUGCAGGAGAACACAGUGUCUUUUGGUUCAGACAUGGCUCAGGAAAAUCCCAUCCAGGAAUCAUUUAUACCCAUGGAGACAGGAGUGAUCAUUGUGAGAAGAGCCCUGAGGCUGGAUCUCCUACACAGAGCUGUGUCUACAACCUCCCCAAGAGGAACCUCAGCCUCUCUGAUGCUGGGACUUACUACUGUGCUAUGGCCUCAUGUGGGGAGAUACUGUUUGGGAACGGGACCAAGCUGGAAAUGGACUGUUACCAUGAAAUUGGGUUAAUUUAUUGUGUGAUGAUGAUGAUGAUGAUGAUUCCUUCAUGUGUUUGUCUAAAAGGAACGCACCCUCAGCCAAGUGGCCCGGCAGUCCACAGUUCUUAUAACCAGGAUCAAAAAGACAACGACACACCCACGUCGGUCCAUUACGCUGCUCUGAAUGCCAUCCACAAGAAGCCAAAGACCCAGAGACAGAGGAGAGCCAUGGAGAGAGACACUGUGUACUCUGGGGUGAGGUGCCAAAACACGGACUGA